AUUGGUAUCGAGAAAUCGCUAUUUCCAUCUUAAGGUUUCUUGUAAAUAAGCAGGAAAAUUUUCAUACUUUUUCUUUUUCUUUUGAAACGGACAAAAUUUUAAAGUGUUUAGAAAACUUAUUGAAAAACACCGCCAUACAAUUCGCAGAAUGGCGUGGCGCUCAGUUGGUGCUGACAAUGCGGACCUAAUAAGGAAGAUGAGAGAUUACGGAAUUAUAGCUUCUGAUAGUGUGGCUCAAGCAAUGACCAAGACGGAUCGAAGGCAUUACUCUCCUCGAAAUCCUUACAUGGACGCACCACAGACAAUCGGUUAUGGCGUCACAAUAUCUGCUCCACAUAUGCAUGCUUUCGCCCUGGAAUAUCUGCGCGAUCAAUUACGUCCUGGUGCUCAUGUCCUUGAUGUUGGUAGUGGCUCUGGUUAUUUAACAGCUUGCUUUUUGCGAUAUAUCGAAGAAAAAGGAGACGACGUUAAUACACGAGUUAUUGGUAUUGAGCAUCAGCCAGAACUUGUUGCACAAAGUUUUCAAAAUCUUAAUUCUGAUGACCCAAAGAUGCUAGAUUCGGGGAAGCUAAUUAUUGUUGAGGGCGAUGGGCGAAAGGGUGUCCCAGAGCAUGCUCCGUAUGAUGCUAUUCAUGUGGGCGCUGCUGCAGCUAUAACACCCAAAGCUCUUUUAGAGCAGUUGGCAAAUGGAGGACGGUUAAUUGUUCCUGUUGGUCCGGAAGGGGGCGAGCAAUACAUGACACAAUAUGACAAAGAUAGUGAAGGGAAAGUAAAGGAAACUAGACUGAUGGGUGUCAUGUACGUGCCGCUUACUGACUUGCAUCGGUCUUGACUUGCUUUGGCGUUGAAAGUAGCCAUCGUGAUGCUCCUAUUAGGAUAUAUAUUUUACCGUAUUUGGGUUGGGCUACGAUCUACAAACAAAAUAUAAAAAAUUAGAAUGUGUAAGGGAAGUAGUCGGUUUUAAUGACAGUAUAUGUAAAUGGCUUUAUUUAUUGCAUGCAUCCAUAUUUGAAGGAAAUAUUUACUUUAUAAAUAAUUGUUAAUUCAGCUUGAAAA